AUGUCAGCUCUGCGACAGUUACAUCGCCUGGCGACAUCCGUUGUCCAAGUAAUUGAUUUCAGUUCAAGAUUGCUCUCCGGCUCUUAUCAAAUUUAUCACUCCGUUGAUGGCCACAUCGACGAUGACCGGGAGCUCAAGGAAAGGGCGACUGUUCUUCGUAAACUGGCCUCCACCUUGACGGGGCGAACCUCAUCAACUGCUGUCGACAGGACUUCAAAACCAGUUGAUGGUCUAGCUGUAGAAAGGGCCCCGGCUUCGAUUGAUUUGGAUGGCUCGGCGCACAUUGCUGAUCCGCUCGCUGGUCCCCAAGCGGAAACAAAUGCCGCACAAGAUGGAGAUACUUCUUCCAGGUAUCACGAAAUGGGGAGGACUGACACUGAGUUUACUGGCCUCGGGCCCGAUGACGAGGCUAUGCCAGUUGGGUCGAAUAACGCCCUUGGGGUUGAACAGGCGUGCCGGAAGCUCCAGAAAUUGAGAUCCAGAAUGCAAUCUACCGCGGCUGCUUUCGUUCCUGAAGACACGCAACGCAGCGAGCAAGAAAAAGGCAUGCAAGCAGUUGCGGCCGGGUGCAGCGAGAUGGCCAAGAAGAUCGAAACCACACUGCAGAAGAUGCGCGCAGACCCCAAGAACCAGAAAUUUCGGACGCUUGUUAGCUUUCGCCAAGCCUUCCUGAGAACAUGGAGCGAGAAGAAGAUAAACGAGAUGGAAAAAGCGCUCGACAAGAGAAGAAGCGACUUGAUCCUUCACCUGGUGGUGGUUAUGAGUGACCAGCAAUCCAGCGUGGUUAGAGAGCUUCGCACGUUGCGAGACGCGAGCAAUCGUCUCGGGUCAGCCUAUACAGAGCACUUGGAUGGUAUCACCAAAUCCUUCAAAUUGAUUCAAGACCAGGCCGGGAAAGAGUCAGACAUUAGGCGGAAGAACCCGUCGGCCUAUUAUCAAGAAACUAACGACAAGGACGGCAACGAUGGAAAGACGUUCAAUCUGUUUAAUCUGCAUAUAAUCCCACAAAACUCUUCAAAAAAGAAGAAGUCACCGGAGCAGAGUGAUAUCGUAAGCUACGACGAGAGCGCACAAGACCUUCGCUACCUGGCCGAAGCCCUCUCGCUCUUAACCGCAACGGCGUCCAAGGUUGCGAUAGCUCAGAGGGUACUCGCCGGUCUCCAUUACAAGACCAUGAUGAUGCGGAUGGAGAGCGUUGCCGAAGCAUAUGCGAACACUUAUGAGUGGAUAUUCAAGACGCCGCGAGCAAGGGCCAAGAAGAACAUCAAAGUGUAUUUUUCCGAGUGGCUGCUAAAGAAAGACGGCAUAUUCUGGGUAUCGGGCAAGCCGGGCUCAGGCAAGUCGACUCUGAUGAAGUUUCUCUGCGAUCACGUCCGAACCGAAGAAGCCUUGGUAGAGUGGGCAAAACCACUGGAUCCAGUCAUGUCGACGCAUUUCUUCUGGAGCUCGGGAACCGCUAUGCAGAAAUCCCAGGAAGGCCUGUUCAAGUCCCUUCUGUAUGACGUGUUUCGGAAAUCACCCGAAAUCAUGAAGGCUGUCUGCCCUCAACGAUGGGAGGCAGGCAGAAGAGGGGAAGGCGAUUUGGGGCCCUGGACCCUAUCAGAGCUGCGCCGAACACUGAUUUCUCUCGCAACGUGCUCUGGCCUCCCAUUCAAAUUUUGUUUCUUCAUUGAUGGGCUUGAUGAAUACGAGGGCGACCAUCCGGAGAUGAUUACUGUUCUAAGAUCGUUAGCCACUUGCCCAAAUAUCAAGCUGUGCGUCUCAAGCAGGCCGUGGAAUGUCUUUGAAGAUGCUUUCGGGAAUACCGAUACUGGAAAGCUAUACCUUCAACAUCUGACCAACAACGACAUACGGCUUUAUGUACGGAAGAAACUCGAGGAGCAUCCAAACUGGCAGGUUCUACCAGAGGAGCAAGAUAUUUAUCGCAGUAUAGUGACAGAAGUAACUACGAAAGCGCAGGGGGUCUUCCUGUGGGUGUAUCUCGUCAUCCGCUCGCUAUAUGAAGGCCUCACCAACGGAGAUUCAUUGCCUGCACUAGAACGAAGGAUCCGCAGACUGCCAGCGGACUUGGAGCCAUACUUUAAGCACAUGCUCAACUCUGUGGAUUCAUUCUACCAUGCGCAGAUGGUUCAGACCUUUCAAGUGGCAAUGGCCUCAUCCAGUCCGCUUCCGCUGAUGAUUUACUGCUUUUUGGAUGAGGAGUACGAACAGUACAACUUCGGCCUACACAUGCCCGUUAAGCAAAUGCCAAUACCUGAGGUGGAGCGCCGACAAGCGCAAUUGCGUAGACGGCUGAACGGAAGAUGUAAGGGGCUUCUGGAGGUGUAUAAGAAUGCGGGCGAGGGCAAGUACUUGGGCUACCGCGUCGACUUCCUUCACCGGACAGUCCGAGAUUUCCUUCGGACUAAGGAAAUGAGUGAGUUCCUAAAGGCUGGGCCUACGGACGAUGGGCCGAACGCGCUGAUUUUCAAGGGCUUUGUUCCCUUAAUCAAAUCGAUGCCCUGGGAGGAGAUGGAAAUGUCAUCGGGUGGCCCCUUGUCCAUCAUCCUAAUGGAUGCAAUGCACUACGCCUACAAGGCUGAACAGGAGUCCGGCAAACCUCAGACGGAGCUCCUCGAGGACCUUUCUCGUGCACUGCGAUUCUAUGCUACUACAACGGGGAAGCCCAUCCCUUGGUAUCGUGGGUGCUAUUCGAUGCCUAACAGAGAGCGCGGAUACCGUCCUUGUCAAACAUUCUUGGAAUUUGCGGUGCAGAAUGGGUUAUGCUUAUAUGUUAAGGAGCAACUUGGACAAAAAAGAGAGCCUCUCGACGUUAAACAGCCCCUGCCCCUCUGCGCAGUCGCCCAUUUACCCCGUUAUACAAUAGAAGAACCAGACCUGAGUGACAUGAUCCGUCUUCUUCUCGACACCCGGAUGUUGGCAACGUCACACUCGAUAGAUGACCUUUGGAACACAUUCAUGACAACAUUUGCUUACGUUGUUGAACAUGCGGACUCUUUUCCUAACAUUUCCGACAUGGUGAAGCACAGACAAGGAAUAACAGAACUUUUGCUGGCCCGUGGCGCCAACCCAAACACUCUCUCACAUGGCUCCAUCCCCGCCUGGUACCGCCUUCUCGCGACCUGCGCAUCCCGGAGUAUUCCUCCUUCAGUAUACCAGCCCAUGCUCCAGAGUCUCAAACUGGUCCUCUCGGCUAGCGUUAGCUUCUCCGGCCGAGGCUGGAGCGUGUCCGAUGCGUUACAUUAUAUCGUGUUUGAUGAUUUUAACGAGGGAGUGGAAGAUAACGCCGCACGACUUGAGUUUGUCACGGAGAUUUGCUGUCUGAUGAUUCCGCAUGGUUUCGAGUUAACAUCAUCACAAAGAAGGAAAUUAGAGCGAAGGUUUCCGGCCCGACUGGUUGCGUCGAUCUUUUCGACCAUAGAUGAGCAGAAUUCCAAGGUCGAAACUCAGGCCCAACCCAAAUACACUGAUUAUUUAGGUAUAUGGAGUUUGGUAUCAUGGAUGAGAGGUGGAGGUUAG